AUGGUAGGACCGGUGGUCCAGGAUGAUUUGCUGACCAUCAUUCUUCGCUUUCGUUUGCGGAAGAUCGCCGUCGUGGCAGACGUCGCAAAAAUGUACCGCAUGGUGAACGUUCACCCAGAUGACCAGGAUCUGCAGCGGAUCUUGUGGAGGGACUCGCCGAGCGAGCCUGUGCGAACCUUCAAGCUCACUACGGUGACGUACGGAACGGCGUCGGCGCCCUAUCUGGCCACGAAAUGCUUGCGCACGGUCGGAGAAGAGGUGGAAACCACACAUCCGCUGGCGGCGAAGACCAUCAAGCAUGACUUUUAUGUCGAUGAUAUGCUCUCGGGAGCCGACUCGAUCGAGGAAGCGCAGAAGCUGGUUGGAGAGACCAGCGAGCGGCUGAUGGCGGCCGGGUUCCUGCUCAGGAAGUGGCGAAGCAUCGACAACGCCGUGCUGGAAGCCAUCCCCGAGGAGCUGCGAGACGAAGGAGGUGCGAAAGAGUUGGAUUCGUCGACUGCCGCUGUGAAGACACUGGGUCUGCUGUGGGACUCGAGCAGCGAUGAGUUCAAGUUCAAAACGCCGACGUGGAAUGCCGCUACGGUAUUCACGAAACAAACGGUGCUGUCAGACACAGCACGCAUUUUCGAUCCCGUUGGACUGGUCGGACCAGUUGUUGUGAUCGCCAAGAUCUUCCUCCAGAAGCUGUGGAAAAAAGGAGUCGAUUGGAAAGAGCCGUUGCCAGAAAAUCUUGUGCACAUUUGGGAUGAGUUUCGACGAAACAUGAUGAGCUUUGACAACAUCGCUGUGCCACGUUGGGUCGGUUUUAGCCUGCAGUGUAUCAAGCUUGAGCUGCACGGAUUUUGCGAUGCGUCGCUUGAGGCGUACGGAGCGUGUUUUUACACGCGCAGCACCUGGAGCAACGGUGGCGUUUCGGUCAACCUGCUGACGUCGAAGACUAAGGUGGCGCCGAUGACCGACUUGAAGCGACGAACCAAGGAGGAGACGAUCCCGCGACUGGAGUGCUCGUCAGGACUGCUGAUGUGCCACUUGCUGCAGAAGAUACGCCCACUGUUUCCGGUCGACAUCGAGAUCCAUCUGUGGACGGAUUCGAUGGUCGUCAUGAGCUGGCUGGCGUCCGCACCAUCUCGCUGGAAUCCAUUUGUGGCAAACCGUGUGUCGGAGAUGCAGCACCUGAGCAAAGGUUGUAUCUGGCACCACGUACCCGGUGUGGAAAUCCCGGCGGAUCUGCUCUCGCGAGGCAUGAUCCCAGCAUUGCUCGCGUACGCAUCGCUGUGGUGGAUUGGACCCACAUGGCUGUGCCUAAGUCCAGACAAGUGGCCGCAGACGAGAAACCCUACGCAGGAGGAGUUGGAAGCUGCAUUGCUGGAGCAGAGAGCGUCGUACGCCUGCACUGUCCAGAUUCUUCAGCCGGAGCAGCUGUUCACGCGCUAUUCGUCAUUGUUUGCGCUGAUUCGAGUCACCGCGCUCUGCCGCAGAUUCGCUCACAACGCUCGACCUGCCAACCGUGAGUGCCGAAAGAGCGGGUACAUCACGCACGCCGAGCACGAAGCGGCACUGCUGGAGCUGGUGAAGCUGGCGCAGAAGGAAUGUUUCCCGCAUGAGCUCGCAGAUCUGGAAAAGAAGGGAGAAGUUAACGAGACUUCGAAGUUGAACGCGCUCAAUCCUAGGCUCGUGGAGGGCGUAAUACUGGUUGGCGGCCGGCUACGAAACGCUGCAGUUUCAGCUGGGAGGAAGCAUCCGAUGAUUUUGGACAACCACCAUCCGCUAACUAAACUAAUUCUACAGCACUACCACCACAAGUACUUCCACGCUGGACUGCAGCUGCUGAUUUCUAGUGUGCGCGAGCGGUUCUGGCCGCUGAGCGUCCGGCGCGCAGCGAGCAGUGACCCGAACGAUCUCGACGUCCUCACCCCUGGUCACUUUCUGGUCCAAAGACCACUGGCAGCGGUGGCAGAACCAGACCUGGCGGAAGUCCCAGAGAACAGGCUGUCAGCGUGGCAGAGAACGCAGGACUUUGUGCAGCAGAUCUGGCGGAAGUGGUCGACGCAGUACCUGUCGGACCUCCACAACCGAACGCGAUGGACGAGACAGCGCAACAACCUGUCCUGCGGAAUGAUGGUGCUGCUGAAAGAGGAGAACCUGCCGCCACAGAUGUGGCACCUAGGAGUUGCAUCCGUCGUCGAGGACGACCACCCGAGGAUCGAGAUUGCGGCCGUCAGAGACGCUCCACGGCAAGCAGCAGCCCUAAAAUGCAGCGAGAGAUUAACAACGCACCCAAAAACUGACCUGCGAAUGAAGAAAUCAAUCAGCAGCGAUCGACAGCAGCAGCAGUAA